AUGUCUCUCGAAACUGGUCGCUACAUCAUCAAAAACGGUGACAAAAUUGUGGGUCGAGCUUUGGCGGAAGACCUAAGCCUCAAUCCCAAGAGAAUCAUCCUUGCUUCCAGUGACAAUGAGUCCACUUGGAUCAUUGAAAAGACUGACUCUGUCAAAGAUCAAUCCUACCUCUUCAUUAGCUUUGGCUCCCCGACUACCCACAUUGAGCACAACGUCUUUGCUCUUUUGGUAAAUCAGGAAGCGGCCACAAAAUGGGUCGUCAUACCUGUCUCCCACCACGGCAAGGAUGCUUUCUUGAUAACCACUGCUGAUCGCAACGAGGGUUGGGUCGCUCCCAAGGAAAUCGGCGAGCAGAUUCAAUACAGGCCUUUGAUUGUUGCGCCGAGCGAGCCACCUCAGUUCCCUACCAGCGAGGUCUUCCACAUUACCAAAGUCAAAGACUAGCGCUAGCACGAGUACUUAGUUGAAAUAGGAGUGUCGGAAUAGUUCAAAUGUAAUAAAUACUUGUUGAGAAAAUGAAAAAGGAACUUUUUGGCUGCUUCGCCCUAGGCUCAUACACUGAUGUGCUCCGCCGUAGGAUUGAGAGUGUACACAAACGCCGAUAGUUAUAAGUUAGGGACGACUCGGAGGUGUCGCCGAUUAGGGCAUGUCUAGUAGCUCUUUUCGCAUGUUCAGUAAAUUGAGUCAUGAGAAAGGUGGAAAGGGAGCGGUAAUUAGACACUGCAGGUGCUUGUAGAGUUCCAUAGGACGGAAAAGCUGACGAUAAUGCGACUGUGGAGGAAGGACCCCGAUGAGGGAGAA